ACUUUUAAUGAUCAUUUUGCAGUCACUUUGACAUCAUUUUGAUGUUGUGAUGACUCCCUGUUCUGCUUGGGUAGCGUCUAUGCUUUUUAGAUAAUUCUGAAUUUCUUCAUUUACUUUUCUAUUCAUUAUAAUUUUAAGUUCUUUAACAGCGUAGUUAAGUUUUUUCUUUAUUUUUGGGCAUUUAGUAAUUUGCCAAAGUUUUCUUAGCGUCAUUUUUUUUUAAUUUUUUUUUUGAUAUGUAGAGGAUAGUAUGUACAUAGAGUCUUUGUGUUCAGAGCUUGCAGUUGUUGAUGCCCAAGCUGCUUGUUGCAGGCAAUCAUUGAAGUGCUCAACAACUUGAGAAAUUUUCUCCUCAUUUUUUAAAGGGAUCUUUAAAUUUAAUUUCUUCUUAACUAGCUCUUUAAACUUACCUCAGUCUGUUCUAUUGUUGUGCAGUUUGCAAUUAGUAGUUUUCUUGGAAAUUGCGAGUGUUAUUAGAAUAGGUGAGUGGUCUGAAGAAAGUUCGAGACAUGAUAUACAUCUCAAGUAAUUAGAACUAAUUCCUUUUGUGUCAGUAAAAUUCAGGUCGGGCAGCCUUUUUCUAUCAGUAGGCUAAUACGUUGGUUCUCCAGAAGAAACUACUCCUAGUUGCAUUUUAUCGAUGGCUUUCAACAAUUCUCUGCCUUUUAUAUUUGCGAAAUAAUUCGCGAAAGCGAUAUUAAAAUCAAUUACGAUUCGUAUAGAAUUAAAACCGAUUAUUUUUUAAUCCGCUCGUAGAUUGAAUCGAUUAAAACAGAUUAAAAUCGAUUAAAACGGAUUCCGUUUUAAUCGGUUUUAAUCGCACAUUUUCGGCAGGGUAUCUUUAAUGACUUGAAUUUGAUGCGAAUCUGAUAAUGAAAUCUGUUAGCAUUUUUGUCAUUCGGUGAUUUGCGACAUUAAUUGUUUUAUUAUAAUUGUUAAGAUUUCUUAAAGGUCGUAUGGCUGAGUUUCUAUUUUCACUCGUUUGGGACCCUGUAAUGGUUGUUUGACAAGUUUGGGAUUGAAGAGCUUAUGCAUAUGUAAAUUUAGAAUUUGUUGUAUUAUUUGUAUUAUUUUUUGUUAUGGAUUGUGUCGUGUCUGCUUUAGGUAGGAUUUUGGUCGAAGUGGUAGAUACUUUACCCAAGCAGAACAGGGAGUCAUCACGACGUCAAAAUGAUGUCAAAGUGACUGCAAAAUGAUCAUUAAAAGUCACUUUUCGAUCAAUUACGAUUCACUUUGAUGUCAUUUUGACAUAAUUGUGAAUUACUUUGAUGUCAUUUUGACUUAUUGUUCUGCUUGGGUAGCUUUUAUAAUUGCUUGUAGACACUGCAACCCCUAUAAUUAGCCGGGUGGUUACUCUCACAUAAGACACACUUAAUUUGCUCAGAUCUUGUCUUCCUUGGACAAUUUGCUAUUCGGUGAUAUCCAGCGCAUUUUACGCACCUGGUCUGUCUAUUACAAAAACCUUUUAUAUGGCCAUACCGUUGGCAGUUGGCGCAUUGUGGAAUUUCUCGCUUAAUUCUCGGUGAUUCAAAGACGACUCGGCAAUGUAUCAAGGUCUUUAUGUUGUAUCCCAGAUAGCACACAGUAUUCAAAAAGAAUUCUUUUCGUGACUUUUUCUUUCUUUUUCAGAAAAAGAAUUUUUUUUGCAUUUCAAAAUGAACUCAGUAUUGGUGACAUAAACCUGAAUUCUUUUUUUAAUCUUUUUGAAUUCUCUAUGCUAUCUGGGAUAUUUCUUUGUUGUUUUCCAGAUUAGGUUUUAAGUCCACAUAGUAUAUGGAAAAAGGUUUCUUGGUUUUUUUGUGUUUUAGAUUCCACAGGUUUGUUACUACGUGUCCGUGCUCUUCAAUAGCCUGUUUUAAUUCCUCGGUGAAGAAAGCGUGAAUGUUCUUCAGCACUACCCUAAAAUUUCUCUCUUGCUUGACUUUAUAGAUAUAGAAUUCAGUUUUUCUUUCUUUGAGUUCUUUGACUAUUGUCCUAUACAUAUCAGUAGAUCUGGAAUUAACAUCAAUGGAAUUAAAUAUUAUUGGAGUAAUAAUAAUAUAACUUUCCAAUAUCCACUUGAUUCAAAUUUGCUAAAUAACGUCAACACAGCCUCUACAGCAUCAUCCGAUUCUGUUUUCUCUGACCUUCUCACUAUUUUCCUUGAUCCCUCCUCUUUCUGUAACAAUAUUUUCCCUCCCUCUCUUGUUACCAUCAGAAACAAAUAUAUUACUAAAAGUUUUUUAAAAGACAAUUCGAAUUUGAUAAUUACAAAGGUUGAUAAGGAUAAUAUUACGGUUGCUUUGAACAGAGGUGAUUACACGAAUAAAUUAAAUGAGAUGUUGUCGGACAAUGAGACUUAUACUGUAAUAAAAAAAAAUCCUUCAAAAAACUUGACGAGAAAACUUAGAACGUUUUAUUCAACGCGAUCACCACAUCACACAACGGUCAUUUUAAUGGAAUUUUAUCGUUGAAAAUGACUUCAAGGGAAGUCGAAACACGUCCGAUAUUUGUAUUCAUAUUUAUGUAUUGAUAGCAAAAUAUAUGUACUAUUAUUAUUGACGCACCAAUUACCGCGUUUGACUCGUAUUUCCUAUGUUUUAUUCUCUAAUUUUAAUACUGCCAAGUCUAUCUUAAAUAUUUUGAUACUUAUAUUUAUUGCAACAUUUACAGGCAAAACCUAUAUCCACUAUUGAUAAUGUCUGAAAUAAUUGUACGAAAAGCUAAACGUGAAGACUGUGAAGCCAUAAGAAUGCUCAUACAGGAAUUGGCGGACUAUGAGAAGAUACCCAAUGGACCAAUUGAUUAUAAGACUUUAGAGAGAGACGGCUUUGAUGGACAACCAUUAUAUUUUUGUAACGUGGCAACAUAUGACAAGAAAGUCAUUGGGUAUACACUCUUUUAUUACACGUAUUCCUCAUGGUAUGGAAAGGCUAUGUAUUUGGAGAACAUCUAUGUGACACCAGACUUUCGAGGGAAGCAUGUUGGCAUCAAGCUCUUAAAAACCGUCGCAAAGGAAGCAAUUGAGAAUGAUUGUCACAAACUGGAUUUUGUGGUUCUCAAUUGGAAUCCAGCACAAGAAUUUUAUAAAAUAUAUGGAGCCAACGAUAUAACAACUAAGGAAAAGUGGCACUGUUAUCGUUUCAAUGAACAAGAAUUGAAGAAAUUAGCAUCCGAUUGUGAAUAAUGAAAGUAUUUUAAUUAAUUAAUAGCAAGAAAAUUAUUUUAUUAUAAAAAACCCUUACGGAA